AUGUCUACCGCCAACAUCAAACAAAAUAUCGAAGCCACGACCAAAGGCUACGUUUCGUCGUUUGUCGACGCGAGAGCUGAAAACAAUCCUCGGAUCGUAAACCGCAAUACGUCCCCCAAUUGCCUUCGAAGCAUGCUUCCCUCCAUUCUGGGAGGUGGAGGCACAAUGCCAAACGAAGCGUACGAAGCUAUCUUCGCCAACGGCCUCCAAGCCGGCGGAAUGAACUCUGUCAACAUUACUGAUUUGGUCAUUGAUGAAGACGCGCGUAAAGCUGCUGUUACUGCUGUCGCCGAUAUGGUAUUUUUGGGAGAGAAGAGCAAUAUGGACUUUUCAUGGUUUUUGCAUUUCAACGAGGAUGGGACCAAGAUCGUAAAGAUCGUUGAAUUUGUUGACUCUUUGACAUUUACUGGACUUCAGCAGAAGAUGGCUGGAGCGGGUAAGCAGAGUGAAUAA